CCUAGCGCCGUAUGCGCGCCCACCCCGGAAUCCCGGCGCCUCCUAUAUAUAAACACAGAGACGUCCGGCCCGGCACCGCACCGGAGGCACAGCACAGCAGAGCACGCCGUCGCCACUCCCUCGACCCUCCUUCGCUCCCGUGUGAUUUCGAGAGAGCGCAGCGAUGCAGCGCGCUUCCGUCACCAGUACCACGCUUCUCUCGCUCAGCCGGCGGAGGAGGGGCUACGCGGCCGCAGCGGAGUUGCGCGCGGCGGCGGCGGCAAUGGCGGCGAGAGCCCCGGGCGCGGGCGGUGCCGCUGACGGCGCGGCAUCGUCCAAGGAGGUCUUCUGGAUGAGGGACCCCCAGACGGGGUGCUGGGCCCCCGAGGACCGCUUUGCCGACGCUGACGCCGCCGACCUCCGCGCGCGCCUGCUCGCCACCAGGAAGGACUAGGGCCUUGGCGUCGCGUCUGAUCAAUUGAUGAACACCUGCACCUUAAUUGGACGGCUGUGACGUGCUGACGUCCAACUGAGAAUUCAAACUAACUAGCAUCCUACAUUUGUUAGAAUUUGACGUCGCGAGCCUCAAAACUAGGGCGGUUCAAAUCAGUGAAACGCCAAGCAAGAACUCUGCUUUUGUUUAGUUGAGGAGGUUCCAAUUUCUCUGCCGUUGUGAAAAUAUAUUUGUGGUCGCCUUCGUCA